AUGCAAAUCUUCGUGAAAACUUUAACCGGUAAAACAAUUACUCUUGAUGUCGAACCAUCAGACACAAUCGAAAAUGUUAAAGCUAAAAUCCAAGACAAAGAAGGAAUUCCACCUGAUCAACAACGUUUAAUUUUUGCUGGUAAACAAUUAGAAGAUGGACGAACACUUUCUGAUUAUAACAUCCAGAAAGAGAGUACACUUCAUCUUGUACUAAGUAAGCUUAAUAAUUUAUUUUCAUCGCUUACAUUUUGGAAAAAAUACGGUGUAUGCUAUGCUCGACUUCAUCCACGUGCCGUCAAUUGUCGCAAACGUAAAUGUGGACACACAAGUAACCUUCGACCAAAAAAGAAAUUGAAAUAA